CCGCACUUUGGCAGGCUGUGUGCAGGACCAAUGUUUUUAAGUAUAAAUAUACUACUUGUAUGGUAUUGAAUAAUGUGAUUAAUCAAGACAUUCAUAUAGAAUGAGUGGUAUAAGUAAAGGUGAGGUGCUUAGUGCAGUAUCACCAUGUGGGAAGUUCGUUGGAAUCGUUCUGAUAGCACGUCUGACGGUAGAGAUAUACGCCGUUGAGUCAUCGAGUGUUUAUCGUUCCUAUGAUCUUAAUGAUAGCUUAAGAGAUGUGUACGGCAAUGGAGUAGAGCAAAUGGGUAAUGUGAAGUCAUUGGUGUUAACUCAGUUCACAUGGGAACCUGUCAGUGUGGGUUUACAGUCGUCUAAGUUUGGUGUAGUUGUGGAUAACUAUGCUGUGUUAUUGAUGUUUGAUAUUCGUGAUGACCAUAAUAAACCCAUAAUUAUUCAGCAACUGAUGGUUGAAGGCAUUGAUAGGUUUCAAUGGAUACCUGAAGCUAUUGGAGACGAUGAAAAGCAAUCUGGGGGAGGUGGAUAUGUUAAUUGUAAACAAGUGGUUGUUUUCACGAAAUUCAAUUUACACAUGAAGCUCUACUCACUUGAUUGUACGCAUAUCUUAGUUACCAUAUUAAAGCCGUUGACCAAUGAGAUAUUGAUUAGACCUAAUAAGGGCAACAAGUAUUGGUCUAUAGUGGCUAGUCCCGUGGAAUAUAAUGCCCAUUGUUCUAUAUAUCAUUUCUAUAAUAAAGGUUCAAUCAGUUCUUUAUUCCAAAUCCAGAAAUUACCAUUCAGCAUAAUCACAGCUUGUUCAAUCCAUUGGUCAUCAUCUGGUAGUUGGUUAAGUUUCUUUGAUGAAUCUAGUAAGUUGUAUGGAUUUGAAAUGAAUGUGGUGCCGUUUCUAUCUACCCAAUUGGGUGGAGAGACUACUACCACCACUACUACUAAUGCUGAACCUAUAUUGACUAUAAAACAUCUUAGUGAUGAACUUCUGACAUCUUCAGGAAAGGUAGAGCUUGCUAAUACUAAUUAUGUUGAUUCCUGGAUUAACACCAAAUCCAGCACUAAUGAUAAUAAUGAGUGCAUACUUGUUGCAUCUAUCAGUGACAGAUAUGAAUUCGAAUUACUUGUAUAUUCCAUAAGUACUUUAAGGUUAGUAAGGAAGACAGGAUUUAAUCAGGAAGUAUAUGGUACUGGAUGGGUUCAAACGGCAGAUUCUAAUGCUAUUAAAUAUCGACAAUCUACAAAUAUUACCCUUGCAGAUACGACUAUUAAGAAGAUCCACAGCGAACACUCUACGGUGAUAUUACAGGUGCUGAAUACAGUGAUUAUAUUGCAAUUGAUAGAUGGACCAGAACUAAAAUAUAUUACAUCGAUCCAGUAUAACUCAGAUAUAGUAAGUGUUUCAUUUGUUAAUUCUAAUCUGUUUGUUGUAGUUACUGAUACUCAUAUCAUUGAUUAUGAUCUAACUACUAAUAAACUUCUGAUUCCUUAUAGUGGAACUACAUCUACUCUUAAAGAUGCAACAGCUGGUGAAGAAAGAUUAAUCAUUCUACAGGAUAAUAAGUGGCAGGUAAUAAAUAAAGGAACUAAAUCAGAAUCAGAAACAGAUUUCAAACCACAAGUAUUUCCACGACUUAAGAGAAAUCGUCCUGAUACUACAAAUAGAUUAACAUUGUUAUCUAAUAGCUUUACAGCCGAUGAAAUUACAGAUACAUUUGAUGUACGGAAACGUCCCAAACGUUCAGUGAUAUAAUCAUAAGUAUCAUUUAUUAAU